AUGUGUUUAUGGAACAGUGUCUUCCAUAAAUAUGCUGUUUUCAUUCAUACUUAUAUCAAUCAUCUUUAUUCUUUUACUUAAAAUGAUCCUGGAGUUAAAAUUUAUGGAGUAAUGAUUAAGCACAAGAAUACUGGAGUCAAACAGAUCUGAAUUUGAAUCGCAACUCCUACUUUCUACAUAUGCAAACUUGGACAAGUCACAGAACCUCUCUGCAAUUCUCACUGGGAAACAGGAUUCUAAUUGUAACUACCUCCUAGGUACUUAAAUGAGCACCUGGAAGAGCCUGAUAAAUAGUCUCUAGGAAAAAUCACCUUCCUCACUGCCACAAAAAUAUUAAUGUUAGCCAUUUCUCUCCCCAAAUCAGGUAACUGAGUUGUCCAUCUUGGUAUCUUCAAAGCUUGCCCACCUGAUAAUUUUUUUAAUAUCAAAACUAGGCCUUUGCAAGCCUUUAAGCAUGGUGGAGUGUGGGGUGACUUGGUGUAUUCCUGCCAUGCUUGCCAGAAGGUUCUGAAAUGGUUUGAGGCCUUGUCCUCUCUCUUCUUCAGAGCAGGGCCGUAGACAUUUCAGACAGUUGCUUGCUCGCUCCUGAGUCACUUAUAUUGUUAUCCUAUGUACCGGUCAAGGUAAAGGAGGUAAAGGGAACCAUAUGCAGAGUCUUACCUGUGUGUUCACCAUUACCUACUUACCUUGGCAGAAGUGGCACCUGAGGCUCCAAGGGCUGGGGAAGCUGAUGAGUGCAGCAGGGGCAGCAGGGUGCUGGGCCCAACUGGGCCCCGAGCAUUGUUCCAUCAGACUGGAAUCCACAUCUGUCGGAGCUCAUGGCAGUGUGAUCUCCAUGCCAUUCGCCUGGCGUUUUGCCUGCAGAACUCUGAGAAUGUCAGAACUCGAAGAGACCCAAAAAAUCACCUAGCCUUUGAGGAGGAAACUGAGUCUGAGAAAUUGUGGCUGCCCAAUUGCAGCCUGAUGAGACCUGGGUGCCUUUGGCACCUCCUGCUCCGAGCAGUAAAGAAUACUUAAUGAAUGUAGUCCUUCAGCUGGAGGACUAGAGAAAGUAGACCUCAGUGUUUUUUUCUUUUAUUAUAUUUUGGUUUUAUUUUUCUGAUUUUAAAAAAUUUACGUGUAUGCGAGAGGAGUAUAUAUAAGGACUGGAUACAUUGAUUGCCUUUAUGUUGCAGAAAUAGGUGAUUAGGAGGCCGGAUAGGAAGAAAACUUUUCAUUAUGUAAGCCUCUGUAUUUAUUUCAUAUUUUGAACCAUGUACAUGUAUUAUUUAUUUGCAGAUUAAAUGUAUGAAAUUUUAAAAUAAAAUCAGUUUAUUCUUUGAACAGCUUUUUGACAACUUAUAUAUGCCAGGCACUCUGCUAGGUUAUCAUAAUUAUUUAUUUAACUUGACAACGAUAUGUAUCAUUUCCUAAGAACAGGUUCCUGAGUGUUACAGAAUCAGUGAUUUGAUAAACCUCUGGAGAGUAAAAUAACAAAAUUUACACGACAUCUUAUAUUAUGCAUAAUACUUCAACCUAUUAAAUGUUUUACUCUGUCUGGGUUCUGACCAUUUUGUCCUCUUAUGCAGGCAAUAUCAUCAAGAAAUAGAGGAAUUUGUAUCAAAUUUAGUAAAAAGAUUUGAGGAACAGCAGAAAAAUGAUGUGGAAAAGACUUCCUUUAAUCUUUUGCCCCAGCCAUCCAGUAUUAUGCUAGAAGAGGACCAAAAAGUAGAAGAAUCCUGUUCCGUUAAAAAUAACAAGGAAGCUUUUAGUGCCAAAGCCUCACUGUUUCAAUUGUGGUUCUGAAGAACAUCAAAUGAAAGAUUGCCCAAUGCCUCGGAAUGCUGCUCGAAUAAGUGAAAAAAGAAAAGAAUAUAUGGAUGCUUGUGGUGAAGCAAACAAUCAGAAUUUUCAGCAGAGAUACCAUGCAGAAGAAGUAGAGGAAAGGUUUGGAAGAUUCAAGCCAGGAGUUAUUAGCGAGGAACUUCAAGAUGCACUUGGUGUGACGGACAAGAGUCUGCCGCCUUUUAUAUAUCGAAUGCGCCAGCUAGGAUACCCACCAGGUUGGCUCAAAGAGGCUGAAUUGGAGAAUUCAGGGCUUGCUCUCUAUGAUGGAAAAGAUGAUGCUGAUGGGGAAACAGAAGCUGGAGAAGUACAACAGAGUAGAAGGGUCACUUACGAUCUCUCAAAAUUGGUAAACUAUCCAGGUUUUAAUAUAUCUACUCCCAGAGGAAUUCCAGAUGAGUGGAGGAUGUUUGGUUCCAUACCGAUGCAGGCUUGUCAGCAGAAGGACGUAUUUGCCAAUUACCUCACUUCUAACUUCCAAUCGCCAAGUGUGAGCUCUGGCAGGAAGAGGUCUUCACCUCAGACCAGCCCUUGUAGUCCAAAGAAGCAGAAGAAGGAAGACAGUACAGCAGCGUCACCCGCCGACAUGGAGCUUGACUCAGACAUGGAGCUGCCACACGGGUCUCACAGCAGCGCGGCUUUUCAGUUCCAGCCCCCGUUGCCUCCCGACACUGCUCCCCCACUGCCCCGCGGGACUCCUCCCCCCACCUUCGUGCCUCCUCUCCCCAAGGGCACCCCGCCGUUGACUCCCAGCCACUCGCCCCACGCCAGGGCAGCCUCGGUGGCCAUGGACGAGGACGCGCUGACCCUGGAAGAACUCGAGGAGCAGCAGAGGCAGAUAUGGGCGGCCCUGGAGCAGGCCGAGGGCGUCAGCAGUGAUUCCGAUAUUCCCAUCGACACACCUUUAACUGGAAAUUCUGUGGCCUCUUCACCUUGCCCGAAUGAUCUAGACCUUCCCCUUCCAGAGGGAAGACCAUCCGAAAAGCAGGCGCCAGUCGAAUCCGAGGUGCCAGCCCCUUGUACACAGAACCCUGAAGUUGAGCUUUCCGCAGCAAGUCCAGCCUCUGAGGCCGAGCUGCCUUGUCUGAAGGAAGAGGAGGAAUCUGCCGGGGAGGCCCCCAGAGGUGCUUCUCUGAACAACGGCAGCGUGGAAGCAAACUGGGACAUCAGCAACGGGGACAGCCGGAAGGUUCUGGAAGGGGGCAGCAGCCCUUCCACAGCCGCCAAAACCCAUAGCCCGGUGCCCGACAUGAGCAAGUUUGCGGCAGGAAUCACCCCGUUUGAAUUCGAGAAUAUGGCAGAAUCUACUGGGAUGUAUCUCAGGAUAAGAAGCUUGUUAAAGAACUCGCCCCGAAACCAGCAAAAAAGCAAAAAGGCCUCUGAAUAACUGCUAGACUAGCACCAGGGUCUAUUUAACUGUCAAUAACUUUUUGUUCUGUUAAUCAGUACUAACUGAGUGGACAGUUAAGAUUGUCAGUUCCUCUUUGUUCCUCCCAUGUUUUCCCUUGUUUAAAAAUCUGUCCAAGGCUUAAUUGUGGUCUAAAGUCAAGCCUAUUUUUUCAAAAUAGAGAGACUGGGCUCACAAGUUUACUAUAUUUCAACCUCGUGGAGACAAACUUGGGGGGAAAAUGUAAGUAUGAACUGGUUUAGAGAUAGUUUGUUAAGGUUUAAACUAUUUUUGGACUGUGAGUUUGCGUCAGAGUGAUGGUUUUUAUCUGUCUUUUGUACAUUGGUUUCCCUUUCUACAUUUUGCUAAUUACCCUGUAUAUAAGUUUAAUAUAUCAGUUUUUAAAAGAAAAAAUUCUAACCAUUUUAAAUUCAUAUUUCAACUCUUGACAACCAAAUGAGAAAAAUCAGGGAUGAGCAGCUUUAUCCCAUUUGGGAUAUUUUUGUAAGUGAUUUACAUGCAUCAAUUUUAAUAACAUUUUCACGUUUUUGUAACUUCAUUCUUCGUAUAAGCUUGCCAUAGAAGUAUGUCAUCUUUGUGUACAGAGGUUUAAUAAAUUAGUUUUCAUA